AUGCCUCCCCAACGUUCUAGAGGGACGUGUAAUCAGUGUCGCAUGCGCAAGAUCCAGGUCAAAUGCCAUCGGGAAUCAUCGUCAGGAGGCUGCCUAGACUGUCAGCGCCUGUCCUUCGACUGUUCCUUCGUCUCCAACACCACCUCAACCCUCGCCUUGGAGCGCAAGCGUAACCGCGCCUGCAUAGAGUGCCGCUCCCAAAAGACAAAAUGCUCCGGCGAUUUGCCCUGUUGCAGCGGGUGCAAGAAGCGCGCUAAAGACUGCGUCUAUCCGACUCCCGCAAAAGACCGCAGCAGCCCGGGUGGUAGACCGAUCCAUGCCGACGAGGCUUCCCUCGAGACGACUUUUGAGGGUUCUACCUCUUUGCUUGAGGACUAUGUUUCGCCCUCGAUGAUGCAGCCUUUGAAUAUCGCUAUGGUUUCUCAUGGUGCUGCAUCCUCUCCGCAAGCAUCAUGGGAAAGCCCAUCCAGUUUUCAGAGCCAGCCCACGUUGUCGAGCACAAGCCCGUUACCUCUUCCUCCUGUUCGCGAACAGCUGCAUCUCAUUAUUGACUUCUUCCGUUAUAUUUAUCCCCUACCUGCUUACGCAUUCCUCAACGAAGUUUCCAUCACCCAGCGGUGUCUUGACCAGUCGUUGGACAAACCUCUCCUGCUUGCCCUCUGCGCCGUCUCGGCUCUUCACUUGAAAUACUCCAAGUACUACCCUGCCUUUACCUCCUCUUGGAUCGCUCAAGCCGAGAACCUCAUCUGGGAGCGCAUCGAGGAGCCGCGCAUCUUUUCCGUGCAGGCCCUUGUGCUGAUCGUCAAGUAUCAUAUUGAGACGAGCAAUUACCAGAAGGGAUUCAUGCUCUCAUCCCUUGCCGCCCGAGGAGCCACCGCCUUGCGCCUGCAAUACGAACGGACGGACCUUAGUACAUUGGCUCAAGAGAUUCGGCGGAGGCUCAUGUGGUGCCUCGUCAUGAUGGAUGUAGGUUUAUCUAUCGGCUUACCAGAAUGCGAAGUCUGCAACUCGGAGGCUGUCUACCUACACUUUCCCUGCAAAGAAGAGGACUUUGAUGCCGACAGAGACGCGGCAGCCGGGCCUUCAGGGUCUUUGCCUCUGGAUGGUAUCGCUGAAGAUGGUCUCUUUGCCUCUGUGCUGCGUACAUCCAUGGUCCUUCGCGACGUCAUGCGACUGAAGCGACAGGUCAUGCUGUUUGGACAGCGCAUUCCGCAACUUCACGGCAUGGUGAGGGAGCUGGACAAGACCUUGCAGGACAUCCCGAGACCCCAUUACACUGCGGCGGAGCUCCUCAGGUACUCACGAUCACGGUGGAUGACGCGAUACCUGAUGCUACAACUGUUGUGGCAUCAGACACACUGCGAUAUUUACCGCAUGUUUGUACCUGGGUAUGCUGAAGCGGCCCCUGAACCAGUCACUUCGGCUUGCUCUCCCGCCUAUAUUGCCAACGCGGCCAGAAUGUGCCUACAUCAUGCUUCUACUAACAUCUCCGUGCUGUCCGACUUUUCAGCUUUGGGUGUUCAACCACUGGUUGUGGAUAUUGUCAUUGCUAUUUGUAGCUAUCAUGCUUGCCGACUGAUUCUUUUUCUGAGCAAGUCAGAACAUAAAGCAUCCGAUUCCACCUUGACACCCGAUCAAGCAGCAACGCAAGCAACGGCCGUGUUGGCACUGCUUCGCCGCUUGUAUCCUCCUGGACCAGCCAAACUGCCUGCAAGAAUCAUUUCUACGUUGGACGGCAUCAUCAAGGCCCACGCCGCUGAUAAGCGUGAACCAAGCCGCGACUCGUCUGACAUGGAGGAGGAUAGUGACACUCAUCGCCCACGGUUUGCACUAGCCGCUCAACAGCAGCAAAGACUCGGCAUUCACAGCAUUUUACGGCACACUCGCUUCAUUGACGACAGCAAUGAUGCGGCGAACGGCCAAACACCGGCACAAGGUGAUAACCAGGCGUCCGCACUUCCCCAGAGAGAGCUUAUGCCCCAGACGUACCCGACACACGGUUCACUUUCCACCGCAGCUUACGUCGGCUCUACGACGGACUUUCUCCAGAGCCCGUUGGAUGAAAUGACCGCAGCACCGCAGAUGGCUCUUGGGAUGGAUCCAUUCAUCUUCGGGUCCAUGGACAACUGGAGUGACCUUCGAUACCCCACCGAUUUUUCAGCUGCUUCCGACAGGGACUACUUCUGA